UGAUUAAUGUCGAUUUAAACCUGAACCCAUCAUAUAUGUUGAUGUGGUGGCAUUUUUUGUCCUCUUGAUGGCAAGCUCUUGCUGGAUUCGUGGACUGCUGGUUUCCGUCGGUAAAUGCAGCAAGAGUGCUGAUGGUAUAUUUAUGUAGUUUGAUGUCGGGCGAGAUGGCCAGAUAGUGGAGCUCUCAGUCACAGAGACGUGCUUUGAUUCGAACGCUUCCGACAUUCUGUUACACUGUAGCGAUACACUGAAACACUGUAGCCACACGGAGGGUUUCCGAUUCGUGUUGACUCAUUGUAGCGGGAAAGAAGAAACAUUCACUUUAUUCAGUAAUGACUCGGCUCGGUUUAACAUAACUCGAACUGCUCAAUCACAUAUGUGACUUCCACAACAACGAAUCUUAGUAUUUUGCGCUGGAUUUAAAUUGGAAGGGAGAUGGCAGACAGCGGUCGGGUGAAGCGCGACAGCCCGUGCUCGAGCCCCGGAGCCGGGAGGAAAAGGGCGCAGCAGUCGCCCGGUUCAAAAGCACGGUACUCGGUCAACUCUCCCGGACACUGCUUUCGGAAAGUGACCCUGACCAAACCGACCUUCUGCCAUCACUGCAGCGACUUCAUAUGGGGGAUUGUCGGGUUUGUUUGUGAAGUUUGUAACUUCAUGUCUCAUGAGAAGUGUUUGAAGCACAUCCGAACGGUGUGUUCCUGUAUGGCUCCCACACUGGUUCGGGUUCCUGUCGCACACUGCUUUGGUCUGGCAGGUCAGAAGAAGAGAUUCUGCUGUGUGUGUCGGAAGCAUCUUGAAGGCAGCACGUCUCUGCGCUGUGAAGUGUGUGAGCUGCAUGUUCACAGUGAUUGUGCCCCAUUCAGCAUUAGCGACUGUCGUUUCUGCCACCAAGAUGGCGGGCAAGACAUUGAUACGUUCCAGCACCACUGGCGGGAGGGCAACAUGUCCUCAGGUGCCCGCUGUGAGGUCUGUCGUCGCACUUGCAGCUCCUCGGACGUCCUGGCUGGCAUGAGGUGUGAAUGGUGCGGUAUUACGGCACAUGCGUCAUGUUGCAUAAUCAUUUCCCCGGAGUGUGGCAUGGGUCGACUACGGAACAUGAUUCUUCACCCCAGCUGCGUGCGGAUCUGCUCACGGAACUUCAGCAAGAUGCACUGUUACAGAAUCUCAGAGAAUUCCCAGCAUGGAGAGAUGGAUAAUCUGGAUGAUGUUGACACUCAAUGUACAGUAACGCCAAAGGACAGUCAGUCUACGGCACCACCUGACACAGGGAAACAGACUCUCAAAGUUUUUGAUGGCGAAGAUGCAGCAAAGCGGAAUCAGUUCCGUUUGGUUUCAAUCCCUCGAAUAAUCAAGAAUGAGGAAGUGGUGGAAGCAGCACUUAGAACAUUUUACAUCCCAGACGAGCCGCAAGAUUACGAGCUCCAGAGUUACGGCCAACAGGGACUGUUUACAGAUGACAUAAUCAACCGUAAUGGCACCCCGGACAACAAGCCUGUUUUUAAGGACAGUGUUCCUGAUACUUGGGUGCUCAGAACGAAACCCAGAGAAACAGAAGUGUUGAAGGUCUACCCUGGCUGGCUCAAGGUUGGAGUUGCCUACAUCUCAGUUACUGCUGGGAAAAGCAGCACAGUAGAUUCAGUGAUAAAGGAAGUGCUCUCACAACUUGGAAAACAGAAUGAAAACCCUGCUGACUUCAACCUUGUAGAAGUUUACAUGAGCAGCAAACAAGUUCAACGGCAAGUCCUGACUGGUCAGGAGCUUCUACUGGACAAACUGCAGGAGUUAAGGAAGACAUCAUUGCGGCAGAUGAACCAGACAAGGUUUUACAUCGAGGAGAGCAGGAAUCGAGUGGUGCAGGUGAAUCUGAUGCUGGGAGGCCUUCCAACACAACUCAGCAAAGAAGAAUACACACAACUGCUGUCAGAAAACCUGGCCAUCAAGAGUCACCUUAUCACCAUCACUCACGUGUACGGCGGACAAGGUGCUGUGGUUCUGCAGAUCAGCUGUUUCUCUGAAGCCGAGAGGAUUUACAUGCUAGCCAAAGACAUUAACAUCAGUGGCAAACCGCUCUACUCACUCGUCGUACCCGAGAUCAUGCAAAGUAAGCUGGCCAAAGGAAGUUGUCCUUUGCUGGUCUUUGUCAACCCUAAAAGUGGCAGUCUAAAGGGCAGAGAGAUCUUGUACAGUUUUCGGAAACUUUUAAACCCUCACCAAGUGUUUGAGCUAAGCAGUGGAGGACCACUUCCUGGGCUGCAUACGUUUAGGGAUGUCCCUCAUUUCCGUAUUCUGGUGUGUGGAGGAGAUGGAACUGUGGGAUGGGUGAUGGGCGUUUUGGAGUCCAUUCGGCACAAAAUCUCUUGUCCUGAGCCAGCGAUCGGCAUCAUACCGCUGGGCACUGGGAAUGAUCUAGCCCGGGUGUUGCGCUGGGGGGCUGGUUACAGUGGCGAGGAUCCCUACAACAUCCUGGUAUCUUUAGAGGAGGCAGAGGAAGUGCAAAUGGACCGCUGGACGAUUCUUCUGGAUGCACAGGAAAUGACAGAGGAUGGAAAGGAGAACGGCUUCCUAGAGCCACCCAAGAUUGUACAGAUGAAUAAUUAUUUUGGGCUGGGCAUUGAUGCUGAACUGAGUUUGGACUUUCAUCAUGCACGUGAAGAGGAGCCAGACAAGUUUAACAGCAGGUUCCACAAUAAAGGUGUGUAUGUGAAGGUGGGCCUGCAGAAGUUGAGUCACACACGAAACCUUCAUAAAGACAUCCGACUGCAGGUGGACAAACAGGAUGUGGAGCUGCCCAGUAUAGAGGGACUCAUAUUCCUCAACAUACCCAGCUGGGGUUCCGGUGCUGAUCUGUGGGGGUCAGACAAUGACUCUCGUUUUGGGCGGCCCAGGAUAGAUGACAGCAUGCUGGAGGUUGUGGGUGUUACUGGUGUGGUACACAUGGGUCAGGUUCAAAGUGGGCUGCGCUCUGGGAUUCGUAUUGCCCAGGGCAGCUACAUUCGCAUCACUGUGACGAAACACAUUCCAGUACAGGUGGAUGGAGAACCCUGGAUACAAUCACCAGGACAGAUCAUCAUCUCAGCCGCUGGACCAAAGGUGUGCAUGCUGAGAAAGUCCAAAACCAAGCAGAAGAAGCAAUCUGGCAGUUUGAAAGAGUGCCGAUCCGAAAGUCCAGCUCCCAGUGAUGGGUGACAGUGACAUCCCACACCCCCUCCUUCAAACGCACAAACACUUAAUUGAUAGCUUGUAGCUGUCGCCUUGACAAGUUUACUUGUGUAGGCCUCUGUUCUUUGCUCCUGUUUGGGUGGGUAUUAGAGUUAAUGCAGAAGACUCUAGCAGAACUGAAGAUUUUAACACAGAUGUUUUAAUGUAGAGAUCUGCCAUCUUCAACAUCUCAGAGUCUGUAGUGUUUAGAAGGCCAGUUAGAUGAAAGCACAAUAGUGUGUUUCUCAGGACUUUAGCUGCCUGCGGCCUGUUUAUGACCUGUUAUUGCCUUAGAUCCUUGCUGGUGUAGAUAUUUAUUUUAUUUUUUCUUCUUUCAUUCUCAUUGCCAAUAUGUAUGUGUGUGUGUGUGUGUGUGUGUGUGUGUGUGUGUGUGUUUUGUUUGGUUGGUUUAAUUUUUUAUUAGGGUUUUGAUUUUAUUUGUUUUUGUUUUGUUUUUUUUUGUUUUUGUGUUGAUGUUUGGUUUGGUUAGGGUUUUUUUCUGUUUUUGUCUUGCUUUUUUGUUUUGUUUUUUUGUUUGUUUUAUUAGUGUUUUGUUUAGGUUGUUUUUUGAUAGGUGUGGGGUUUUUGUUUGGUUUAUUUUUUGUUAGGUUUUGAUUUUAUUUGUUUUUUGUUUUGCUCUCUUUUGUGUUUUGUUUUUGUGUUCUUGUUUGGUUAGGGUUUUUUGUUUUUUUCUGUUUUGUCUUAUUUGGUUUUGGUUAGGGUUUUUGGCUUGUUUUGUUAGGGUUUUUAGUUUUUUUGUGUGUUUUUGUUUGUUUUGAUAAGGGUGGGGUUUUUGUUUGUUUGGUUUAUGUUUUGUUAGGGUUUUGAUUUUAUUUUGUUCUGUUUUUUGUUUUUGUGUUCUUGUUUGGUUUGGGUUUUUGUGUGUGUGUGUGUGUGUGUGUGUGUGUGGUUUGGUUUUGGUUAGUUUUUUUUGUUUGUUUGUUUUGUUUUGUUAGGGUUUUGUUUAGAUUUUUUUGUUUUGCUGGGGUUUUGUUUAGAUUUUUUGUCAUUGUUUUGUGUUUUUGUUUGGUUUGUGUUUUGUUUUUGUUUGGUUUGUUUUAGUUUUUUUGUCUUGUUUUUGAGUUUUGGUUUGGUUUAGUUAGGGUUUUUUUUUAAUGUAUUUUAUUUUAUUUUUAUUUAGAGAUGUUUUUGUUUUUUGUUUUUAUAUAUAAGUAGUCCAUCACUGAAAUAUUAUGGAUGCAGGUCCAUAAUUUAACAUACAAGUGAACUGCAGCUUUGUGUUUUGUGGAUAAAACCAAGACAAGUCUAUCACCUACUAUACAAAAAAUAUAAUAUUGAUGGCCCUUUCAGUUUGCAGUAAAAACUGUUACUCACAAACACUCAUUUGCUCUUUAUAAGUAGCUUUAUACUGGUAUCAAAACCAAAACAAUGCAGUAUAUAUGUACAUACCGUAUACAGCUGUAGUUGUUGUUCAUUAAGAGAACAUUUGAAUGUUUAGGUUGAUUAGAGAACGAUAACCUUUGUAUGUCAUUUUUGUAACUUUCUCAUAGCUGUGUGACUCAAAACUUGAAAACAAACAGUCGACACGUAGGAAGCAAACAAUGUGGAAUCAUACGUAUCACAGCAGUUUUGUAAAAUUAUUAAAAAAUACACAAGAAAGGAUGAAUAUCAAUAGCUUUUCGAACACAUUUUUGAAAGAUGUGGUACCAAAAAAUACUGUGAAACUAUUUAAAGAACAGAUUUUAUCACAAUUCACAAAGAAUGAAUGUUUGUAGAUUCCAAUGUUUGUUGAAUCAAAUUCACCACUUUUCCUCCACAUUCCUCUUAAGAUCAUGUAGCCAGUGCAGUAUUUGUAAUUGUCUUGACUAGAGUUACUGAUGGUGCCGAUAUAUCUGUUAUAUCAAUGUUUUAUCUUCAUUGAUUGUCCUUGUUUACAUGAUCCUUAAGCCAAGCGUAGCUUCAAUCAUGACUCAUCAUGCUGUGACGAAAGCAUUGAUUUGUGUGAAUCAGUUACUGUUUUAUCUGACAUAUUAGACGGUCGUGUAAAGCUAAAAAGUUGUAUUAUUGUAAAGAUAUACAGUAGAUCUCUAGAGGUGAGCACAGUGCUGUAAUAUAUUGGCAAGUAAAUACUAUCUUGAGUGGCUUAUAUAUUUUGUUUCUGUACAGUGACUGGUCAGCCGUGAUCCAGCAGUAUGGAUUGGUAUGAGGCUGGCUUUAGAGUUUUAUGUAUGAUCAGUUAGACUCCCCUACAGAAUGCAUUAUCAGGAGGAUGUUUCAUGCAACCCAUCAGGCGACUGUCUGACCUCAUCUACCUCAUCUUGCUGCAUCACUCCAAGAAACAAGUUCUGCCAACCUCUUCCAAAGGCCUAUAUAUGUUUGAAUGUUCAACCAAGUUCGUUAAGGGCAUGUCGAUAUUAUGGUCAUUUGAAACUUUAGGUCACAGUGUCACAAAGAUAGAACUGAUCAGAAAACCGAAGAUUUUGCCAUUCCUGCCAUCUCACUAAUUCACCCUCUCAUAUUAUUUUGUUGCGAUGUGGGCUGUUGUGAUUUUCGCAUCAGUUUUGCCUGUUGCCAUGACGACCCCUCGGGCUGACGUGCUGUUUUGUGGUGUGGUUUAUCCUGAGUUCUGAGUAUAGUGCCUAAAUAUAAGUGCUUCUAGAACUUCUGCGGUAUGUGUGAUGUAACUUCAUACAUGUUUGUUCUGCUGGUUCUGUGGCUAUGAAGUAGAAAUGUGCUUUUCUAGGUUGUUUAGAGCGGAUGUGCCUACUAAUUGGGUGAAUCUCACAAAAACAUGUCCAGGUCACAUUUCAUCUCAAAAUAAUUUCCUUGAAAGAUUAUUUUGCGUAAAGAAAAUGAAGUCUAUUUGUAGCACAUUGUAAACACUUAACCCUAAUCUUGUAUGUGUUAACAUUAGUUUGUGCAUUUAAGUAUCAUGAACAAUAAUUUUACAGCAUUUUUUUAGUCUUGGUUACUAGUGUACUUGUUAAUUUAUGAAAAUAGUUCAAAUUGUUCAUUCAUGUUAAUUCAUAAUGCAUGAACUUUUAACAUAUACUAAUACAUUUUUAAAAUGAAAAGCAGUAUAUGUACAAAUGAACAUUAACCAAGGUUAAUAAAUAAUGUCAAAUAACUUUUCAUUGCUAUUUCAUGCAGUGGUGUAGUAGUGUCUGAAGAGGUGGGCAUACUGUGAAUUUCUGAAGAAGCUUUUCUGUGUAAAGUGAAAUUGUUUUCUUUCUUAGAGAUAUAAAUUUAAACAAUUUGAUAUCACGAGAAAAAGGCACAACUGACAGCAGUAAAAGGCAAAAAAAGAAAAGAAAAAAAAAAGACAUUUGAUAUAAUUAUGGGACACAGUUGUCCAGCAUCUGCGGAGAGCAUCAAAAACUAGCAGGGGUGCAAUAACAUGCAGUAUUUUCACUAACUUUAAUUGUAUAAGUUACAUUUAAAUGUGUGUGUGUGUGUGUGUGUAUAUAUAUAUAUUUGGUUACUCCAGGGAUGCUUUUGCAUCAGCAUUAGACACUGGAAAUAUCCCGCCCCUUACUGAAAUGGAAAAUAUGAUUGUUAGCACAUAUCCAAUCACGUCUGAAAUGAACAUUCCGAUUGGUGGAUCAGCUUAAUCAGACUGUCUGUCAUGCCCAUGCCAUCAGUUGCGCUCCUGCUGCUCCGUGCACAUUUAGAGAGAAUCUCUGUACACUUUUUAAAAUAAUAUAAUAAUAAAAAUAAUAAUAAAAAACCACAAUUCACUCAAUAGUGCUGCGGCAUCACGUUAGUAGAUUUAAAAAGUUCCAGGUCAAAAGCCUACUUGUUCUGGCGGUCAUACUGUAUCAUCACUUAUUUUAGGUGGGCAUACUCAAAAUCCUUACAAAGAUAGAUGGGCAUACGCGUAUGCCCUAGACUACACUACUGCCUUCAUGUCAGCUAAUGUAGUUAUCUAAUGUUAACAAAUACAACCUUAUUGUAAAGUUUUAUAUUGUAAUGUGUUACCUGCAUAUUUUCUCCCAAAUUCUCUUUACUGUAAUGUGUCCAGACAUUUUUUAUUUUAGUUAUUUUUUAAUUACUCUCAAAUUUUAUAAUUUUUUAUUUAAUUUAAUUAACCUCAGUGGUGAUUCUCAAUAGAUUCUUUUACUGUAAUUCUGUACUAUAUUACAGUAAAAUACAGUAAUAGUUUUUAUUGAAAUCUGCAUAAAUUAAAAGUAGUACAACAAAUAGUACUAUGGUGUAUCAAUAUUUUACAAUUUACAGUAAAAUAAUGUGUGUGUGUGUGUGUAUAUAUAUAUAUAUAUAUAUAUAUAUAUAUAUAUAUAUAUAUAUAUAUACACAGUAUACUAUAUAUACAGUCUACUAUAUACACAAUAUAUUAUAUAUAUAUAUAUAUAUAUAUAUAUAUAUAUAUAUAUAUAUAUAUAUACACUGUAUAUAUUGUAUAUUGUGUGCAUAUAUGUUUUUUGCAUUGCUGUAAUGAGAAUUGGAGAGGAAAUUUUCUUAAUUGGCAUGAAAAUAAUGUCAAAAUGCAAAAAAAGCAUAAUGGUAAAAAAAAAAAGGUUUUAUUUUCUUUAAGGAAAAUAUAAUUUCUAAUUUCUUUUUUUGGGGGGGGGGGGGGGGGGUUAAAU